AUGGCCGUGAAUCCCAGCGAUAUCCCUGUCCAAAACAGUUCAGGAAGAUACGACAACGUCGACUUCAAAAAAGCGACGGGCUUUGAAUACCCACCAAUCAAAUGUAGCUAUAACCGACGAGAUGUCCUCAUCUUCGCAAAUGCGAUCGGGAUACCAAGCGAAGAACUUCAUUUCAUGUAUGAGCUCGAUCCUCACUUUUCAGUAUUUCCGACAUUCGCAUCCAAUCUAGCGUUCAAGCAGACCGACCAUGAUGUCUUCGACUUUAUUCAACGGACAACUACGACUCCUGUACCAGGCGUGCCCCCUGCAGAUCCGCAGAGGUCAGUCGAUGGGGAACGAGGUAUUGAGAUUGUACGCCCAUUGCCCACAAGCUCUGAAGGACUGGACCUGGAAAUCCGGGGAAAGGUACUCGGUGUGUAUGACAGAGGCGGAAAUAUGAUCCUUGAAGCAGAGCAGUCGCUCUUGGAUGUCAAAACGAAUACCGUAUACACUAAGAUGUCUUCCACUGCAUUCUGUGUAGGUCAGGGUGGAUAUGGUGGGCCGCGAGGACAGAGUAAGCCUGUUAUCAAGGUGCCUGAAACCAAACCAGAUGCCGUCCAUCUAUAUAAUACACUACCAGAGCAAGCUGCGUUAUAUCGUCUCUGUGGAGACUACAAUCCACUACAUGCAGACGGUGAGUUCGGGAAGAGGGCUGGGUUUAAGGGGAAGAUACUCCAGGGUCUGUGCACGUGGAACAUAGCAGCCCAUGGGAUCUUACAGAAACUAGGAGGGUCUGACCCUAGUCGCUUCAAGUCAUUCACGGCCAGAUUCAAAAGCGUUGUGUACCCGGGGGAUAUUCUCGAAACGAGAAUGUGGAAGACAUCGACUCAUACUGACCUCGAGCAUAUUAACUUCGAGACUAUUGUCAAAGGUGACGGGAGGGUAGCCCUUUCUAACGGCUACGCCAUUCUUCGGCGGCCUGGAGGUCACAGCAGUAAGAUUUAG